AUGCCACAAGAUGCCAAGAAACUGCGGGAAGAUCGUCUCAAUACGCUUGCGAGCAUCCUAGCGGUUGGCGUUGACCCAAAGAAGGCGGUCCUUUUCUUCCAAGAGGACGUUCCUCACCAUGCAGAACUCGCCUGGCUGCUCAAUUGCAUGGUAAACAUUGGCCGACUAAAACGUAUGACUACUUGGAAGAGCAAGCUCCAAAUUCAACAAAAUCUCGACGUGGACACUGAGGUUGACGAGAGUGGCUUGAAUCUGGGCCUCUUCACGUACCCGGUCCUUCAGGCCGCUGAUGUCCUGCUUUAUCGUACGACGCACGUGCCUGUUGGUGAAGAUCAGCGUCAGCAUCUGGAACUUGCCCGGGAACUAGCUCAAAAAGUGAACCGUGUCAUGAAGACGGACUUCUUCCCUCUUCCCAUGGCUGUCACUAACCCUGCGAAGCGAAUACUUGCGCUCCGAGGCAGCCCGCCUAAAAAGAUGUCCAAGUCGGCUCCAGAUGAACGCUCGCGCAUUAUGAUCACGGAUUCAUCGGAAUACAUCCAGCACAAGAUCAAGACCGCGGUCACGGACUCAGUAGACCCUGAGGCCAUCGCAGAUGAGUCUGUGCCCAACUUGGCGGACCUCAGUCCAGGAGUUGCCAACCUAUACACAAUCAUGUCUUGUUGUACCGGUGAGGAUACGUCUGACAUUAUACCACGAUAUUAUCGUCAAAGGUAUGGGCGACUAAAGGCAGAUGUCGCCGAGGCGAUCAAUGCCAAAAUUGCGCCAAUCAGAGCCGAAUUUGAGCGUCUCAAGCGCCCAGAAAACGCGGGGUACCUGACACAGGUGGCUGCGGAAGGCCGCGAGCGCGCCUCAGAGAUCGCUGAGAAGAACCUUUCACAAAUCAAGGCCUUACUAGGCAUCCAACGAAUAUAG